AUGCCCCCUACGCUCAGCUCUCUCCCCUUUCCCCAGCUCCUCCACCAGCACUCCACUGCCUCGCUCCGCGCCUCUCCCUCGCACCGUUCCUGCGAGCUGUGCACCCAGCCGGCCGCCCUCCGCUGCGACGCGGAUUCCGCGUUCCUCUGUGCGACGUGCGACGCGGCGGUGCACUCCGCGAACUUCAUCGUGCUUCGCCACUCGCGCCACCUUCUCUGCGCGCUCUGCAGCAGCCCCACCAGCUGGGAGGCGCCCUCGCCGUUCCAUCAACCCGCCGCUGUGCCCCAAACGCAGGUUCUGUGCGACUCGUGUCUGGCAGUCGGCGCUGUUAGCGGCAUUACCGGUAACGCGGUCUUCCACACCCCGUGCGCGAUGAGCGCGAGCAUGGCUGCGUCGCUUCUUCCCCUCCAUACAUACGCAGCCGCGCUCUCUAGCUCUGCGUUCGUCCCUUCGCCCCCGUCGAACGUCGCACCCGAAUCGCAGAUUCCCGCCAAGCGUUACAAGGCCAACACGGAAGAUCUUUUGGCGUUUUCCCAGUACCCGCCCCACGCAAAACUUUCGCAGAUGCCAUCUCAGCAGCAGCAACAGCAGCAGCAGCUCCCUUCGCUGCUACUCGCAGGAACAACCCUGUCGCAAAACAGCCUGGGUACAGCCAAUCAGGGACAGCACCAUUGCCCCUUAUCCGCCUCUUCCUCCUCCUCAUCGCCACCGGAGACCCUCCAGCUGUUCCCAACGGCAACACCGAGCGAAGUAGCGACAGAAAGUGGUGUUGUAACGCCUUCGUUAACUAACGGGACUCUUUCGCAACAGCAGCCCGCACUCGCCCAGGCUCGCGUGGUUGCCGACGCAGCGGGUGUCGUUCCGGAUCUAAACGAAUCCCUCUGUAACGAGAAUCAAACGGUACCUGACGCCUCCACGGGAAAGCGACAGCGGCAGGAAGAGCAGGUAGCGGGUCAGGCGCAGAACGUUCUGGGGGGAAGCUGUGCGAACGGGCAGGGUCGGAAUGUUCUUGGGCAGCUUGCAGCUGCCCGGCUAAAGCGCGUUCUUUCCUCCUGGUAUGCCAGGCUGGCGCUUCGUGGGCCGCACGUGUCCGAUCUGGCGUUUCACAUCUUUCAGAAGGUUCUGCGAAAGCUCCAGCCUGGCCGGGUGGCAGCCGACUCGCUGAGGGUGACGCUAGCGGCGUGCAUGUGGACGGCCGCUAAGCUAGACGACAACCAGAAGACGCUGCCUAGGGCGUCUGACGUGGCAGCGGUUGCCCGCGUGCCAGCAAAGCGCCUGCAGGCUGCUGAGCUGGAGGUUAUGAAGCUUGUGGAUUGGAGGCCCCUGGAAGGCAUAUUUGACAUGGUACCGGACGCGAAGCGACUCUUCUCAAUGGUGCGCGAGUCAAGCGAGCCGGCUCCGGUCAACAUCAAGCUCAACGCACAUGCCACCAUGUCCUUCCGCAUGAUGUGUGAGGCGUUCUGCAAGUGGGACGACGCUGCCCAGGUGGAGAAAUCUGCGCCCUUCUUCAAGGCGCUGGGCGGGCGGCACCUCAACUACGGCAUCGAUGGCAACGACUUCCCGGUGUUUCGAACGGGGUUCAUGAAGGCACUGAAGAAGGCGUUUGGGGAGCGGUGGCACGGGGAGCUGGAGGGCGCGUGGUGUGCCGCCUUUGACAUGCUGGAGGGGGUUGCUAGCACUGGCAUGGCGGAGGGUGGAGGGUUCAAGCGCAUGCCUGCCUUCAUGCUGGCGUGA